AUGGACGCCGCAUCAAUCGAAGAGAUAAACAAGAUCCGGCGGGCAAUGGGCAUGAAGCCCCUGCCCGUCCCGGGCGCAGCGCCACCACCCGAGGAGUCGAGUCGAAAAGACACACACGAUGAAAACGGGGAGGCAGCAAGCACUCUGGAGACGCGCGAGGCUGCAGCCUACGACAAUUUCAAAAAGGUCCAAGAAGCCGAGGAGGCCAGGAGGAGGCGCGAAGAGAAAGUCGCCGCAAUCAAGAAGGCACGCGAACUGGCGCAGCGAUCUGCCGUGAUCGCAGGCAAGGGGUUGGCCGACGAUGACGACGACGACCUUGACGCCAAGACGUGGUUAAAGAAUCAGAAGAAGCGGCAAAAGAAGAUUGAGGCUGCUCGGAAGGCUCAGGAGGAGAAGGAGGCCGCGGAAGCCGCCAGAGCUGCGGCCGAGCAUACAGCGGCUGAUCUCGCUGGGGUCAAAGUUGCCCAUGACAUGGCUAGCUUUCUCGAUGGAGAUGACCAGAUUCUCACGUUGAAGGACACGGGUGUGUUGGAGAAUGAAGAGGAGGGCGACGAGCUCGAAAACCUGGCGCUACGAGAACAGGAAAAGCUGCAAGAGAAGAUCGAGCUGAAGAGGAAGAGGCCGGUUUACGAUCCUAACGACAUUGACGAGACCGGAGAGGCCGGUAUAUUAUCAAAGUACGACGAGGAAAUACACGGGAAAAAGAAGAAGACCUUUACGCUAGAUGCGGCGACGACAACAACAGAGCUAGGUGAUGUUCUUAACGCCCCCGUGGAAAGGAAACAACAGGUGGUAGAUCUGGAUAGUCUUGAGGACGCGCCUGCGCCUACUUCAGACUACCUUGACCCAUCGGAGGUGAAGAUCAAGAAACCCAAGAAGAAGAAGUCAAAGUCUACGAGGCAACGCCGGGCAGAUGACGACGAUGCGCUGUUACCGGAGGAUACAGGGGUCGGUGAUGGUGCUGCCCAGGAAAUGGACGUCGACUCCACCCCUGCAGUCCUCCCAAAGAAACGAAAAGUAAUUGAUGACAGUUUUGUCGAUGACGAAGAUUUACAAUCAUCCCUGUCUCUCCAACGAAAGGAGGCGCUAAAGAAGCGGAAAAGGACCCGGCCAGAGGAUAUCGCGAAACAACUUCGGGAAGAAGCAGCCAACACCCCUGAGGGCGAAAUCGACGGAGAGGACAAGGGCUUCUUCAUGGAUGAAACCAGCAGGUUUGUCGAUGCACUACAGGCGGAGCCCAAGGAAGAGCGGCCAGCACGGAAAACCAAAACCGAAACAGCAGCAGCAGUCACAAGCAUGCAAGAGGAAGAAUCCUCCGAGGACGAAGAAAUGCACGACGCCGACGGUGUCGAUCGCGGGACUACCCCUCUCGCCGACGUACCGGCAACCGGCGUUGAGGAAGAAAAGACUGUUGACCAAGGCAUGGGCGCCACUCUGGCACUGCUCCGGGACCGGCACCUCAUCGAGGAGAGCAACGGCGCCGAGCUCAACGAGAAGUACCGCCAGCGGCAGCGCUUUCUCAACGAGCUGCAUCGGCGCAUGGCCCUCUUUGACCAGGAGACGCGCCAACAGCGCGAGAAGGACCGUGCCAGCGGACGGCUCGAAAGGAUGUCGGCUCGCGAGCGCGAGGAGUGGCAGCGUCAGCAGAACGCGAUCCGCGACCAGCACCAGUCCAAGGUCAUGGACCAGCUGUUCAAGGAGGGCUACAAGCCGAAUGUGGAGCUCAAGUACGUUGACGGAGAUGGAAGGCAUCUCGACGCAAAGGAGGCGUUCAAGGAGCUCUCGCACCAGUUUCACGGCAAGGGGAGCGGAAAGGGCAAGACGGAUAAGAAGCUCAAGAAACUGGCCGAGGAGAAGAGGCGCAUGGCGCAGAGUAUGUUGGAUGCUAGUCAGAAUGUGGGCAUGAGCACCGCCGCGUCGCAUCAGGGUAAGAAGAGGCGGGAGGCGGGGGUACGGUUGGCAUAG